AUGGCCACUCCACAUGCACUAGUCAUUCCCUUCUAUGGGCAAGGCCAUGUAGCACCUCUCAUGGACCUCUCACAUCACCUAGCAGAUCAUGGUGUUCUUGUUACCUUCGUAUACACGGAGUACGUCCACAGACAUGUGACGGCAGCACUGCCGGAAAACUUUUGCAGUGACUAUGUUGGAAGAAUCAGGCUGGCGUCCAUACCCGACGGCUUAGCUAGUGAUGAGGACCGCCAAGAUUUAUACAAGGUUUUUUCUGCCAUAUCAAACACCAUGCCGAGUUUCCUAGAGGAGCUCAUACAAAAGCUGCAUGUUGCCAAGAAACUCAACCUUCCGAGAGCUGCCUUCUGGCCUGCCUCAUCCUGGACACUAGCCACCGUCCUCAACAUUCCAAAGCUAAUUGUUGAUGGAAUCAUAGAUCAGAAUGGUAAAUUCUACCCUCCAGCAAAUGAUUUCAAUGAACUGCAUGCUCAAGUUCCUAUUAGUGAAAACUUUGGCGUGCCAACAGGGUUUCUAACCGGUAACAAAUUGGUUCGAUUUUCUGAAGGAUUGCCUGCUCAUUUGUGCUGGGUGCCCUUUGGAGAUGCCAAACAGCAACGGAUAUUCUUCAAAUACCUUCAAUCGUGUGGCGACUCCGUAAGAGGCCUAAGCCACAUACUCUGCAACACAUUUGAGGAGCUCGAGUAG